UUCAUACUUGGAAUUGCAGACAGAGAUUAAGGCACACCCUUCACCCAACUGAGAUUUCGCAAUCGGAGAAAUCAGAAAGAGAGAGAGACACGCAAAAAAAAAAAAAAAAAGCGUGUUUUUUUCUUCUGUUUUGUUAAAAAUGACAACCAAUAAUACUAUGACACGUAAUCGUCUCCCUUCACCUCCCAAACUUCUCUCAAGAGAAACGUCUCUCUCCAUAUUUAAGGUUUCUGAUUUAUUUUUUGCCACUUUAUUUCAGAAAAACCCUUAAGAGAGCUCUAAUUUUCCACCAUUGGAGAUGCUCAUACAUCUCUGACCUUGAACAUCCUCUUAUACGGUCCCCAUUAAUUCAAUAAGCCAAAUUUUAAUAGGGAUAAAAUUUGAAGUUACCUGUUACCAAAAAAAACAGAUCAAAUUUGCUAGUAGUUUUAACAUCAUUUUUUUUUAAGAAGAAUUACAUACUAAUUCUCUUCUGUAUUAGCUAACUUUAGAGUUCAAUUUUUAUAUCUUAUCACUUUUUUCACGCACUCUCAAAAUCGGUUCGGAUAAAAUUAUCAAAGGCAAAAUAAAAUGUUAUCCAGUAUUUAAAAAUAGAGGUUGUACGUAAAAUACAAUUUUAAGUGAAGUAAUUCAUGUCGACAAAUUUUUUUUUUUUUUUGGAAGUAAAUCAGUUACAAGCAGUGGAUGAGGAUGAAACAGCCUUGGUCAACUAAUUACAACGUAACUUUGGAAGGAAUUCUACGUAAAGACUAAUCAACCUUUGUCUUCUCUCCCAACAUGGCCGUACAAAUCUAAUCCAUUUCCCUCGAGCCUUAUAUCCAUUUUCUAAUACUAAAAACAAACACUUAAGCUAUAAAUACUUCUCUCUGAAUCUCAACAAACUCAAUCAUCAAAUAAACAAAAUAAAAUGGGAAACUGCAUAUGCGUAACGGAAAAAACGACGACCUCGUGGUCAGGAGACGAUAGUGGAUCAUAUAACAAGAGGAGGAGCAGAAGAAGAUCCACCGUGGUUCACCACGACGACGACGGAGAGAAGCUGCUCGGAGAAACAAGCAACGUUACAACAUCAAGUUCGUCAUCGUCUUGUGGGAGAAGAGAGAUUAAGAUAAGGAUGACGAAGAAGGAACUUGAAGAUCUCAUGAGAAACAUUGGUUUGAAGAGUUUGACGGCGGAAGAGAUUCUUUCUAAGUUAAUUUUUGACGGUGGAGAUCAAAUCGGAUUCUCUGCCGUCGAUAUAUCGAAUCACCACCAGCCGUGGAAACCGGCGUUACAGAGCAUACCGGAGAUCGAUUAGUGUUAUUUUCUUCAAAGUAAUAGGUAAAAAAGCUGAGUGAUGCGUGUGUCCUAAACUUGACCCUUUCGAUCAGUGAUUUUAGCUAAUUAAAAAAGUAUGUACACAUGUUUGGUUUUGUAAUUAAUUUGUUUGUUGAGAUUUAAUGAAUUGUUUGUUUUA